AUGAGUCUUAAAAAAUGUGUUGUAUUGAUGGUGGUGGUGUUGGUAGUUAUGGUUGCUAUGGUAGAAGAAGUAGAAGGGCUUUCAUAUGCUACAUGCAUGGACCUUUGCGAGACCAAGUGUAACUUUUUUUUUACACAUCCAGAAAAAUACUGUAAAGAUAAAUGUGACCGCAAAUGUCGUAGACUUCAGUCAGCUCAAUCAUCCCAGAUGGAGACUAUAGAAAUGAGAAACAUAAAUGGGUAGAUAAGUUGACAAAAUAGUCGAGAUAUUUGUAAGAUUGAUGAAGUUUUCAUAUCAAUAAAAAUAUUUUUUAAAUU